UAACACAGCGAGUUAGUUUGUCUCUUUAAAAAAGGUUCCGUGGUUGAACUUGUCUAUUGGCGUUUAAAUAUACGAAUAUUACAAAUUAAGGCAUUCCAUUGUUUUUUUUUACUAUGAGGAGAGUUACGCUAUUUGUGAACGGGACCUCUAAAAACGGCAAGGUGGUGGCAGUGUAUGGGACACUAGUUGACCUGCUGUCAGUUGCCAGUGCCAAACUGGGAAUCAGAGCCUCCAACGUAUACAAUGGGAAAGGGGGUCUCAUUGAUGACAUCACCCUCAUCAGGGAUGAUGAUGUGCUGUAUGUGUCUGAGGGAGACUCCUUUGUUGAGCCACAAUGUGAAAAUGGAGACCCUGAUGAUCACUGCUUCCGGGCUCACACUGAUUGGUUAACUCUGAAUGUGGGCGGUCGCUGUUUUACCACCACAAGCUGGACUGUUUCCUUGUUUGUCUGUCUGUCUCUGAUUUUGAUUCACUCUCUCUCACCCUUAGACGUGUGGGGUAACAAACGUGAUGAGCGCGGAGCCUACUUGAUCGACCGUAGUCCUGACUACUUUGAGCCCAUCCUAAACUACUUGCGUCAUGGACAGCUGAUAGUCAAUGAGGGCAUCAACCUGCUAGGGGUUCUAGAGGAGGCCCGAUUCUUUGGCAUUGAGCAGCUGGCAGAACAGCUGGAAGGGGUGAUAAAGAAUUCCCAGCCUCCAGAAGACCACUCCCCCAUCUCUCGCAAGGAAUUUGUGCGAUUCCUGCUAGCGACACCCACCAAGGCAGAACUGCGUUGUCAGGGUCUGAACUUCAGUGGUGCAGACCUGUCCCGUCUCGACCUUCGCUAUAUCAACUUCAAGAUGGCCAACCUGAGCCGCUGCAAUCUCACGCAUGCCAACCUCUGCUGUGCCAACCUGGAGCGAGCGGACCUGUCCGGUGCCAACCUGGAUAAUGCCAAUUUGCAGGGUGUGAAGAUGCUGUGUUCCAAUGCAGAGGGAGCCUCACUCAAAGGGUGCAACUUUGAGGACCCUGCGGGCGUGAAGGCCAACCUAGAAGGAGCCAAUCUUAAGGGUGUGGACAUGGAGGGCAGCCAGAUGACUGGGAUCAACCUGCGUGUGGCCACGCUGAAGAACGCCAAGCUGAAGAACUGCAACUUGCGCGGAGCCACCCUGGCUGGCACAGACUUGGAGAACUGUGACCUAUCGGGCUGUGAUCUCCAAGAGGCAAACCUGCGGGGCUCUAAUGUCAAAGGUGCAAUCUUCGAGGAGAUGCUGACUCCGCUGCACAUGUCCCAGAGUGUCAGAUAACCUCCGGCGCCUUCCCCCAACAAACCAUGCUGACCAGUAUACAGUAAGCAUACCAGUAUGCCAAAAUGGACUGUUGUAUGGUUGUGAGUCUCACAGCCUUCAUAGCUGGGUUGCUAUUUGUGAGAUGGGCUGAACAGCCUCCUCCUCUUCUGAAAUAUUUCUUAUACCUGUCAGCCAUGACUUGCCCCCCCCCCCCCCCCCCCCCCCCUGGGAAGAGCACUUUGGAAUAACAAUUUUCAGGAUGGGAUAUAGAAAUAUUCUCCCAUUCCCCAUAUCGGAAACACUAGGUUGUUACACUCACCGUACUCAGCUGAAGGAUUGUACUUUGACAUUCCACCAAAUACAAAAGGUUUGGUAAUUGAACCAGAAAGUGGUUGUCAUGUUUACACCAAUGUAUAGUUUCCAAGCUAAAGUGUUUCUCUUUGGAGUAGCUACAAAAGCCCUGUGACCACUGCACUCAGAAUAUGGUCAGUACUAUCGCAUAGUUUGCAUGUCCUGUCUGUGCCAGCUGUGGAGACUCUCUGCCCAAGAUUUUGCUGCAUUAUCCAUCUUGAUUAUGCAUGCCUUGUGCACUGCUGGCAUGGCUGCCAGUUCUAAUCAUCACUGGUGUGCUCCUCUGGAGGCAGGUUUAGACUUUCAACCAUGAUAUGGUGUUACUUUUGUAAGAAAUGCAUGUUUGCGUUUUUGACAAUUUUUAUUGGAUCAGUGAAACCAUUGUCCAGCAUGCUGUAAUGGUUAUAACAGAAUAAAAACUUUCAGGAUACA